CCUGAAGCCAGCCAGGCCAACUGUUGGGUGAAAGUAGGUCUGCUGUGUAGAACCGCUCCCCACACAGGCUGAAGUUUCUUGAUGAAAAGUUGGCUGGAACUAACAGCCAACCACCGUUCAAGUUCCAUCUGUAGGUGGGAAACUGACAGGUGUGCCGCCCAUAGAAAUAAAUAGGGCGGGUUACUGAGGUAUGAGUCAGACGAUUGUGGAGACCCCGCAAAGGUUGACCUUGUUGACGUAAGUAUUAGAAUUCCGUGGAGACCCAGAAGAAUUAGGAAUAAGUGAUGUCAUUUGUUGUCAUUCAGUUUCAUAAAGUGGUUCUUGUUUGACCCUAACGUAACCUUUUUUCGUAAUUGUGUUAAAUCACAUUUUUUUCUUUAAUUUGUCCCAAUCUUCAGGUUACAGUCUCUAGCUUCGCCAUGUACAUGGCCCUUCCGUGUACAUGGAUGGGCGGGGAGGUAACUAAAAGAUCCUUUACACAAUAAACUAGAUGAUCAUGAUAAAUGAGGACACACCAUUGUUGGUUUUGCCAUGUACUAUUUUACCUAUGACCCCUGGAUUGGCAAGUUACUGUAUCUUGAAGACUUCUUCGUGAUGAGUGAUUAUAGAGGUUUUGGUAUAGGAUCAGAAAUUCUGAAGAAUCUAAGCCAGGUCGCGAUCAAGUGCCGCUGUAGCAGCAUGCACUUCUUGGUGGCAGAAUGGAAUGAACCAUCUAUCAGCUUCUACAAGAGAAGAGGUGCUUCUGAUCUGUCCACUGAAGAGGGGUGGAGGCUCUUCAAGAUUGACAAGGAAUACUUGAUCAAAAUGGCAGCAGAGGAGUGAGGAAUGCUGGUGUGAACGAUGACAACUUCCAUUCUAUUUUAGAAUAAAUUCUCAACUUCUCUUGCUUUCUAUCCUGUUUGUAGUAAAAUAAUAGAAUGAGCACCCAUUCCAAAGCUUUAUUACCAGUGGCGUUGUUGCAUGUUUGAAAUGCAAUCUGUUGAAAAUGGCAAUCUCAUAUACAAUUUGGAGUCAAAUUUCUCCUUGAACAUCUUUUGAUAAACAGCAAGGUGGUAUGAUCAUAAUAUAUAUGGAAAACUUCAUUCUUGUGAGUCAUUUAAAUGUGUACAAUGUACACACUGGUACUUAGAGUUUCUGUUUUAGUUCUUUUUUAAUAAACUACUCUCAUUUAAUUGGU